CUCCCUCCCUGCUCUCUGAAAUCUUGGGACAAUCUGCAUGCACUCAACUCCAGCUCAGAUCUGUUUCGGCAGGACAGAGUGAAGAACACAGACAGACAGUGAAAAAAGUCAGGGUUCAAAUGAAGGGAGAGAAGUUCAGCUAGACAACAAAAAGGCCUAAAGAGAAAGCCACAGUUCAAAGAAACUUUCAAAGGCAGGGGCAUAAAAGUGUGUAGAAAGUCAGGGUGAGAGACUGGCAGAGAGUGGAGAGAUAUAUUCAGUUCUAAAAAAGAAUGGGCUCCCCGGUGAGCGGUGCUGCUGCUCUUCUCUUAGCCUCCCUGCUGACUUUCCUCUUUGGAGUUUCUUCAGACCCAGGCCAAGAUGUGAGAGAGAGUGAUGCCCUGUGUAAUGUGGAUGGCUGCUUUGUGGUCUAUUUCCAACGAAAAACCUUCCUGGAUUCAUGGAGGGCUUGCAAAGAGAAAGGUGGAAACUUAGCUACAAUCAAGCGCAAGAAGGAUGCCACCUCUAUUGCCACACUCUUCUCAACUCUGGACUUGCGCAACUCACGCACCAAGAUCCAGGUAUGGAUUGGUCUGCAGCGGCAGCCUCGCCAGUGUACUGCUACACGCCCGCUGCGGGGUUUCUCUUGGACUACUGGAGACCAGGACACAGACUAUACCAACUGGCAGAAAGAGGACUCUCUCAGUAUGUGUGCGGUACCACGCUGUGUGGUAUUGGGCUACAGUAUUCAAGAGCAGAGUGAUAACUUAAAAUGGCUGGAUGGGUCCUGCUCAGUUCCUGUAGAUGGGUACCUUUGCCAUUAUGCCUACAAAGGAAUGUGUCCUCCCCUGUGGAGUGAAGGUGCAGGCAAUGCCCUUUACACCACACCAUUUAACCUUCUAAGCACACUACUGACCCAUGUACCCUUUGGAUCUGUUGCUGCCAUGUCCUGCCCUGAAGGCACCAGAGAGGAGGUUCUGUGUAUGCUGAAGGAAGAUGGCUCAGUGGGGUGGUCAAGAGAUUCCCCUCUUUGCUCUGAUCCCCCUGUAUCACACAACUGGUGUGACCAAGAUAAUGGAGGAUGUGAUCAUUUUUGCAGGGUAGCUGGAUCUCACUUCUACUGUGAGUGUGCUGAGGAGUAUCAACUGGGAGAUGAUGGGCGGAGCUGUGAGCUGUCUGAUGUUUGUCAAGGGGCGCUCUGCGAGUUUGAGUGCCUGCCCCUUUCAGAUGGGUACCGUUGUGCCUGCCCUGAGGGAUACAUGCUUGCACCAGAUGAACGUGGCUGUCUGGAUGUAGACGAGUGCCUCCAGAGUCCCUGUGAGCAACUUUGUGUGAAUGCUCCGGGGACAUUCGAAUGUAGAUGUCGGGAGGGUUACCAUCCAGAUGAUACAGGUGGAUGUGAGGAUUUAGAUGAGUGUAUAAAUGACCCAUGUGAACAUGCCUGUGAGAACACUCCAGGCUCUCAUAUCUGCCAUUGCCAUCUGGGUUUUUCUCCAGUACCUGACGACCCAAGCCAGUGUCAAGACACUGAUGAGUGCCAGAUCCCUGGGACCUGUGAGCAGAUGUGUGUGAAUUAUGAUGGAGGAUUUGAGUGCUACUGUGAAGAAGGCUACGAACUCAUGUCUGAUCACUACUCAUGCCGUAGGCGAAGGGAAGGAGAUGACCAAUCUGCUGUCACCCCUUCUUUUCCUUGGGCCACCCACCAACCUGGGCCUGUAUGGGACUCUGUGGACUACUGGAAUCCACAACAGAGCCACACUGACUGGCCUCCAGAGGAGGAGCAGUCUCUGGCCUGGCUGACCGAUCCACCUAGAGAUUUGAAUCCUGAUGUCAUUUGGGUCACCAGUGCUCCAAAUGACGAACUGCCCCUUGAUUUGGCAAAAGACCUUCCAACACAGGGGGCUGAGAAUGAUGAAGUAGACACAACCAAUGGAGGAGCUGACAGGUUGAAUUGGGGGCAGAGAUCUCAGUCUGAGCUGGAAGUUUUGCCAAACACCAUCUACACCAUGUCUCCUCCCACCACCAGCUCCAGCACUACUUCAGACCUGUAUGAGGAUGACAAGGAGACCACCACAGCUCUUCCCUUCCUUUCUACCUCUACAGUCUCUGAGGGAGCUUGGAAUUGGUGGGCUGAGCUGUCCACGUCCAGCCAGAGACCAGGAAAUCCUGAGGAUUCAGUCAUAGACCACAACAUGCCUACGGAUCACAGCAACCACAAAGAGGGAGAAGAGGAACAGUACUUCCUCAGGGAAAAGUUCCCAGAGGAGGAGUUGGGGGAGAUGGAAAAGGACAAUGUGGAAAUGACACACUCACACGACCAAACUCUUCUCACCCAGUUUACUCCUUCCCAGCCAUCCCCAAGCGAGGGUGGACAGAAACAGAGUAGCACCUGGCUCCUGGUGGGCCUCCUAGUGCCCAUCUGCAUCUUUAUUGUGAUCAUGGUGGCAUUGAGCAUUGUCUACUGCACCCACUGUGCUGUUCAGCCACGCAAUAAGAAUGUAUCUGACUGCUACCACUGGAUCUCUGGGGCUCAUGAUAAACAGGGAGCUCCUAACCCCUCAGCAGGGGUCAAGAUCCAUGUUUAAACAGAGAAGAGAGAAACUGACAUUUACAUAAACUGACUCUGUUUCAGAGUUACACAGGAGUGAAUAAUGAACCUGGUAACAGUCAAACUAACUGCUCCUUCUCUGACUGUGGAUCUGUCCGCUCUGAACAUGUUUGGAUAUUAGUGUUUAAUAUCAACUGAUAGAGGUGGGAAAGAGACACUGUUAACCACUGACAUUUUGGGGAUAGGGUUGCUGUGUGGUACAAACUGCUUUGAUGUUUCAUACACUGAUCUGAUUGCUUCAUGAUUGCACAAUGCUAUAUGGUUAUAAAAUAUUAUUGUCUUCAUCAGUAAUGUCAAAAAAUUUGCUACUAUCUGAGGGUAACGUGAGUAGACAUUUAUUCAUUUCAGCAUUUCACAGCUGGAACAAGAUACUGCUAAGAGCUGUGGAAAUCAUUGUAUUCAUGGUAAAAGUAUUCUGCCUUUUUGAGGUGGAAAAACUUGACUAUGAAGUCACUUUCAUGCAAAAUCCUCAGGCGUCAGGAUUUGAUUUCAAUAGCAUAUCACUGUAGAUAACUGUUACUGUCAACUUAGAUGCAUUGUUAGCUCACAUCAGCAGUGGGUGAAAGGAGACUCUAAGCAAAUGUCCCUUCAAAAGAAAAGACCUUCUGCAUUCACAUGAUAUUGCUGGGUAAACAAUCAUUUGAAAAUCACUGUGUUGGAGUUGAAUGGUUAAAUAAGAGACCAAAACCUUCUUCUUUGUAUAUUGUGGUUCUAUUGUAUUUAUGUGUGCUUCAUACUUGUCACCAGCCAUUUUUUAAGAAAUGUUAUGUAAUGUAACAAUUGUAAUAAUGUAAUACCAUUUUGACAUCUCAGUGAUACUGUUUAUGGACCCCAUAAACCUGUGAUAUUUAGAGGAAUGUCUGUCCACACAUGGAAAUGUUUUUACCCACUCAUGUCCAACUUAGCAGCACUUCUCCUCUCCUUGACUUUUUUUUUAAGAGGUUAAAGCACAGAUGUUCACAUUGCACAAAGAAUGUUGUAGGGACUGAUAGUUAAUAUUAGUCUUUACCUUGUUCAUAGAAUGGCCAUCAAUCACCCUUUGUAACCCUAAUUGAUUAGUACACCCUGGAAGGUUGUGUCUUAAACCAGUCCUGAAAUGUUUUUAUGGCUACAUUGGCUAGACUGCAGUCAGUGAGGCAGUUGCUGGUGCAACUUACUGAUACAAAGGUAUUUAACAAUGCAAAAUAGAAUUCAAAAUAAGCUACAUUGCCUUUUUUGGAGAAGUGCUCAUUGGAUAUAUGGGUGUAUGAAUUUUAUAAAUCAAAGGAAAACCAGACAAAAUAAUUCAAGGCACUUACAUUUAAAACUGGGAAAACCAAAGUGUCAUUCCAAAUUUACACAUGAAAUGUGUCUUUAUUUUAUUGACACUGUGAAAUAGAAGAAACAGCUGAUGUCUUUUUUCUGUUACAUUAAGAAAUUGUGAAUUAAAAGGUAUGACAGGG